AUGGACUUUCUGGUUUUGAGGCAGGUAACAAGCGACCAGCCGUCUACUUCUUUACCAUUGGCAGAUUGGAAACCGCCAAACGGCAUGGAGCUAGCCGAUCCGGAAAUCUUCGUCUCUGGUCCGAUCGAUUUGGUGCUUGGGUCUCAAUUCUUCUACGAUUUUCAUCUACUCGAUGGUGGCCGGAUACAAGUUUGCAAACUCGAAGCUCCUUUGCCGAUGUUCGUCAACACGGUAUUUGGUUGGGUAGCUGCGGGCGAGUCGGAGUGGUCUACAACAAAAGCUACUGUUAGUUGUCACGUAGCGAUAGCUGAACCGCUGGAUAAGAUCAUCGAGAAAUUCUGGGCAAUUGAGGAGAUGUCAGAGAAGCCACUUCGAUCACAGGAAGAGAAGGACUGCGAACAACACUUUCAAAGCACGUUCACCCGUGACGAAUCGGGACGCUAUAUAGUACAGUACGACGAUUUCGGCAGCUAG